AUGCUAGACUACACCCAGCAUCUUGAGAGAAUACUUUCCACUGGCAGUGGAGACUUGACAUUUUCUGCUUUUCAACCCAUGAUUCAAUAUGUGCUGCCUAUUCUGGGUGAGGCAUGGCUCCAUUACGUUCGCCAUGAAGUCACAACUUUCCUUGAAUACUGUGUACCAAUAUCUCAUUUGGAUGUCCAAAAUCCUGAAAGCAAAGACCAUAGAAGCAAUCAGGAAAGAAUUGGGAGGAUAAAGAAGCAGAAACCAAACACCUAUGUUCAUGGCUCAAAAGAAAGAGGGUUACACAGGAAAAGGGGUAAAAAGAAGGUGGUUUCCAAAUCUCCGACAGGGGUGAUUUCCAAAUCUCCCAGCAUAAGCAGUACAGACCAGGGAAGUGGAGAAAAAUCACUAGUUCUUCAGGACUCACCCACCCCUCAUAAUGUGCCAGAUUUUCUUAGCAACCCAGUUAUCUUAAAUGUGUACAAAAAGGCAGCUUGUAAAAUGCAGAAUAUAGAGCUUCAGAUGGUUUUAGGACUGCUACAGGAAGCGGAGGCCUGCUGGGAAGUCCCAGAACAUGAAAAACACCUGAAUUGUGCAGUCAAAUUUCUAGAUAUGUGGAACAAGCUGGGGGUUUUGAGAUCCAGUAUCCCCUUCCCCAAAGAACUGAAGAAAAAAAUAAAGGAAGAAGUGGCCCAGGGAGAAAUUACUGAUGUCACCUGGAAUGAAAUCCAGAUCUUAUUACGUUCCCUGGUUGUUCCUACUUUUGAGCAGUUUUGGGAUGAGAUGAGUGAAGGGUUGAAGAAAUAUGGACUGGUGCCUUCUCAGAUUCCAGAAGAACGCUGGUGCAAGCUAGAACCAUUCCUAAAUGUGAUAGCUGGAAAAGUAGCUCUUAGACAUAUGAGGAACAGGGAAGCACAAGAUGCAUCAGCAGCCACAGCAAAACCUACAAGGGAAGACAAAGACUCUUUUUGGCAGUCUCUAGAAGAGGCUGCAGAAGGCUGGCCCACUGUGGAGAUGCUCCAUUUCAUUAAACACCUCCAGGUAUAUGGCACACCUGUGCUGGAGAGUGGUUUGCAUUUUCUACUGGAAGUGCAGAAAUUUAAAAAUGCUCAUCACCACUGGCCUGACAUGACUCUUCUGAAGAAAAAGGUUCUUGUCAUACGUGACUGUUUCCUUGCUUCUCAGGUUGAGCCUCGGCUACAGGUGGCUGUGGAUAAUAAGAGGCUGGGCAGAGCUAUCCGGGCAGCUGAGCACGCCCUCCAGAAGGAGAUUCCACCUCCAAGUUUAUUUGACAGCCUGAAGGAUUCAGUCUCCAGCAUGCUAAUGCCAUAUUGGGCUGCCUUUCAAAAACACUGGCUCAAGAGAUCUGUGGCCAGUGCACAAAGAGUUCCAGUGCUGAGAAAUCAGCUGCUGCUGCAGAAGAGACAGGCCAGGCUCAAUGAAUCGCCCUGCUCUCUUCGGCUGCCACCACUCCAGCAGCCCAAAGACGGCAAUGGAAGCAAGUUGCAGGAUGGUUUUAUAUACUCUUUCUCCGUCAGUGAAGGACUUGUAGUACAGGUGUGUAUGUGGCAUUGUACGCUUUGCUCCUACGUGGAAUUAAAUAAUUUAGAAUCGGUGGUGGAACAUGACAGAUACAGCUUUUAUAUGAAAAUUGUUUUUUUUAGUAGUAUCAUAUUGAUGACACUGAUGUGGAAGAUUACACUAUUUUCUUUUUCUUCUCAGAAUCCGAACAAAGAAGUGAACAUUAGCUCUGCUGUUUUCAGAAGCAUGAGCAAAACUAAUGGGUUUGAGUUUCCUUCACCCAAUGUACCAGUGCUGAUUAAAGCAAGGAAGAAAGGUGCUUUCAGAGUUCCCAAGACUCUACAUUGUAAAACAUUCUGUAUGUUUGCUAGUUAACCAUGUAUUGGGACAGUGCUUGAUUGUAAUUAAGAACACACACACACAAAUGUAUUUUUGUUCUCUGUUGUUGAUAGUGGUGUAUUUAACAGGAAUAUACCAUUUAGUUAAGAACACUCAAAAUCCUCUUGAUUGCCAAAAUAUCAUCUGGAACAUUUUUAGGAAGAUUGGAAUCUGAAAAUAAGAGGCUGUGCUUUUUCCAGGAAAGAUUCAUUAAUUCCUAUUAUGAAUUUCCAGCAAUAGUCUUUUCUUACAAAAAAAAAAACAUUUCAUGGCUAGACCCUGAGUUUAUGGGAAAGUUUCAGCCGAUAUUUUCCAUCAAAUGGCAAAAGAGUAGUCCUGCAAUUAAGGCUUAAAA